AUGGCUGAAUCACCACUCUCGAAUGGAGAUCAUUUCUUCGAGGCUGAUGGUGUACGCUUUCACUAUCUCGUCCGUGGUAAUGGACCUCUCGUAAUCGUCCAGUCAGUCGGCUGGGGCAUGCCUGGAGCAUUCAUUUGGAACGACAUGGGACCUCAUCUCGAAGAGAAAAACACCACAAUCUAUUUUGAGCCACGGGGUAACGGCGAAUCAAGUAGGCCUGCAGAUUCAGCCACUAUGACCGCGAAGAACAUGGCCGAGGAUUUAGAGCACUUGCGCAAGCACCUUGGGCUGGAAUCUUUGCCGGUGCUACUAGGAGGCUCACAUGCUGGCGCUAUUUCUCUACGAUAUGCCGAGCGCUACCCAUCGCGUGUUGCGAAGUUGGUCUUGGCUUCGACCCAGAUAAUGGAUGGCCCGCCGAACACCAACACACAGGACUGGAUAAAGAAGCGACAGGAUGACCCUGCUUACGCUACCGCUGUAGCUAAGCUGCUCGAAAUAUUUGGCGGCGCCGCGCCGCAAACAGAUGAAGAGUUUGGCAAGUCUAUGGAUAUUCUUUUGCCGUGGUACUUCUCCAACACAUCCAAGGCCGAAAUCGUGCGCCAGGCGUUGCGUGGAACCCUCCCGAGCAUCUACGCGUUUCAAACCAACAUAAAUGAUGCAAAACCCGAGAAUAGAUUGCCUCAUGUGAGCGAAGCUGGAAAUAUCGAAGCUAAGACUUUGAUUCUCUUGGGUGAUGAGGAUCCCAUGUGUAGUAAGGAAGCAGCCCAUGCCAUCGGAGCCGGCAUUCGAAACUCGAAGCUGGUCAUCGUUCCAUCGGCGGGACAUUUCUCUUGGAUCGAGAAUCCGACAGUCUUCUGGAACGAGUUCAAUGCGUUCGUGAACGCUUAA